AACUGCAGCACGGUGCAUCACAUCUGAACUGCACUCCGGGAACACACACAACUGACCCACAUCACCAGUCAUGACAGGGGUCUUAGGAAAGUGGUGGUUCCUGUCACUGCUGAUCUGCAGCAUGCUGCUCCUCUCACCUACUGUGACUUCGUACCCAGCUGAAUCAGACAAGGGCAGAAAGAAAGUAGUGCAUGUCCUGGAGGAUGAAUUUGGAGCAGUGAUCGUGCAGACAGCUCCUGGUAAAGUGGUCACACAUCGAGGUGGCACAAUCACACUACCAUGCCGCUUUCAUCAUGAGCCUGAGAACGUUGAUCCGUCCCGUAUCCGCAUUAAAUGGACCAAGGUGUCGGAUGAGUUCCAGUUCCAGGACGUGUUUGUGGCACUGGGCCGGCAGCAGAGAGUGUUCGGUCCCUACCGCGGGAGAGUGGAACUGGAACGGGCUGGACCGGGCGAUGCCUCUGUCAUCAUCCACAACGUCACCCUGCAGGACUACGGGCGCUAUGAGUGCGAGGUCACCAAUGACAUGGAGGAUGACACUGGAUUUGUUAAUCUAGACCUUGAAGGUGUGGUCUUUCCCUACUACCCACGGCUUGGUCGCUACAGGCUGAACUAUCAUGAAGCAGAGGAGGCCUGUAAGCAUCAGGAUGCUAUCUUGGCUUCUCAUUCUCAGCUGCACAAAGCCUGGAAGGAUGGAUUAGACUGGUGUAAUGCGGGCUGGUUGGAGGAUGGUUCAGUACAGUAUCCCGUCGCUCAUCCUCGAGAUCAGUGUGGACGUAAGGACACCCCCGGCGUUCGAAAUUAUGGUUACAGGCACAAAGAGGACGAGCGCUACGAUGCCUUUUGCUUUACAUCAAAGCUCAACGGUCAGGUGUAUUUUCUCAAGCGCUUCAAAAAGGUGAAUUACACAGAAGCGGUGAAGGCUUGCGUCCGUGAAGGUGCAGUAAUGGCUAAAGUGGGGCAGCUCUAUGCCGCAUGGAAGUUCCAGCUGCUGGACCGAUGUGAUGCUGGCUGGGUGGAGGAUGGCAGUGUUCGCUAUCCUAUAGUCAACCCUCGUGCUCGCUGCGGCGGCCCUGACCCUGGUGUCCGAAACCUCGGCUUCCCUGAGAAGAAGUUCCGCCUAUACGGGGUUUACUGCUUUCGCAAGGAUUUGGUGAACUCCGAAACUGAGGCCACACAGGCGCUGGUUCAGAGCAGCAGCGUCUUCACUACAAGCACACAAAGUAUUUAAUUUCACUGUUGUGAGCAACAUUUGCACUGUAUUACUAGCAUAGCUUUGCUGAAUCAGACGACGCAGAUACUGAUAACAGUAAUAACAGUAGCUAGGCUAGUUGAACUCAGGUGUGAUUAGACCAGUGUUAUUUCCAGGGCUGGACAGAA